GUUAACACCUUACUAACACACUAUGUUGUGUUUUCUUUUCACUGGUUACAUUUCUUUUGGUUCCAGUACAUUGAACAUUAUCAGUCUUACAAGAAAUAUUCACUCCAACACACAGAGAGCAACUUUGGAGAGGAAACGUGCAGGCUCUGGAGGAGAACCUCCACGGACCUCUAAAAGGGUCUUUAGAGGGGUAGGUCGUGGCAAGCCAAGGGGAAGGCGAGGAGGGCGACGCAAAGCCUCAGCUACAGUCACAUACCCUACGGUUGAGUGUUCCCUGUCAUCCAGUGUGGAGGUUCCCUCAGAAAUACUAAAUCCUCAAGAGGAAUUUGAGAAAAAUAUGGAGAGACUCUCAAAUAUUUUGGCAUCAUGUCUUUCUGCUGAGCCUCAAAGAAGCUCUGCUUCAUCAUGGUCUUUUCGGCAGCAGAAAGCCUCAGGGCGCUGGAAAGAGGCAAGACCAUACCACCUACAAUGCCUUAUCGCAAAGGAGGCUGUUGGUCAUCCCUUGUGUUGCCUUUGCCACGAGCCUGCUGUUAUUAGGUGCAGAGAGUGUCUUCCUGAGGAUUGGUUCUGUGGGGACUGUGAUGUAUUGCAUUACAAAAAACAGCCACUCCACAACAGGGAAAGUGUGAUUCGUGGUUUUUUUGAAGCCAUUCCUCCAACCUCAUGCAUCAUUAAAGGAGAAGGUGGAUAUUGCACCCAUGAGCAAGCUUGCAUUUUGCCAACUGUGAAGGUGCCAGACUGCUCCUGUGAAGGCACAAACUUCACUGUAUUACCAGGCAAACCGGUGAUUUUGAUUACCAUCAAUGGGCGUUUUGACUUGCAUCAGCCACUAUAUGAAUGUCAAACAUGCCAGCAGCAGUGGACUCCUGAUUCAAAGGACCUCCUUAGGAGUGGAUAUUGGCCAGCCUCUGUCAGCAAUUCAACGCUUUAUACACUGGACCUCCUGAGCUCCUUUCAGGAGCUCAAGGUCAUCGCUCCAGGAUUCUCCAGACAAGCCUUUGCAAAGCUGUUGGAGCAUCGGACUAAGUGUGGAGGAAGAAAAGGACAUAUCAACGGUGAUGCACUGCAGCGGAGCUUUUUGGAGUUUUUCUACGCUUCUUUUGAAGAAGACCAGCUCUGCUGUAGUGCACCUUUCACCUGCCCAGCCUGCACGCCGGAAAUGUUGGCUGUUUCCGCCGAUGGGAACAGAAAGCUAUAUCGCUUUCACCGAAACACAAGCUCUGAUGAUCCUAGUUUUUUUGAAGGGCUCUUUGUGGCUGAAGACAGUGUGGUGUCUACAUUUGUCGACACCAUACAGAAAGCACUGAGAAAUACACAGGGAAGAGGCACAUGUGGGGACUCCCAGUGGACAGCAGCGAGGGAGACGUCAAGGAAGGCUUCCAAAUUGGAUGAAGAGGGGAUGGAGGUUGCUGUGUGUCGCCAUGGGUUCCUUCUGAAGGCCCUUAAUAUGUACAGAGGGGAGAUAUUUGCCUACCCCCUGUAUCUUCAGAAGGAGCUCAUGCCAGCCAAGGCAAAAUUCUUUGCUAUGGAUGUGGCUUGCAAAUAUUGGCCAUACUUGGAAAAAGCUGCUCGAGUCCUUCCUGCCCUUCAGGAGCUCACCGAAAUGAAACCCUUCCUCAGCAUAAUGCAUGCUCGAGCCCAUGCUACAAAGUGUGAGAUUAAAUGGAGUGGUAGGAACCAGGAAGGAGCAGGAACAACAGCCGGAGAGGAGGUGGAGCAAGUGAACAGCUACCUGUCACGUUGUGCCCUGACUACCAAAUAUAUGUCCAAAGCAGCACGGGUGGACAUGGUUACUUUGCAUGCAGUGGGGUGGAACCACAAAAAAGUCUCUCUCUACAUCAGGCACUUUCCACAAGAUAUGUGAAGACUUGUCAGAGACUCCAGGAUGAGACUACAAGGCUAGAUGAACUCAAAGCAGAGCUACACUGCACAGAUGAAUUGGUGUCACAGUGGCUUUCUGAUGUGAAGGAAUGGGCAGCUGAUG